GAUUUCAAAAUGGCGUCCUUGCCAACCGAUAUGGUUUGUCAAAGUUUCAUCUUCUUUUCCCGAAUCUGUGACUUCAUUUAUUAACAAAAGACGGUUUUUGCAUGAUGGCAAACACGAGGCCACAAAAACUAUCAACAAAUAAGUCAGGAAGCAAUUCGUCAAGUAUGGCUCUUGCUGCUGUAGCUCUUCAAGACCAUAUGACUCGCUCCCUUUCCCUCCAAGAUCCAUUCAAGAAAAAGAAAAUCAACCAUAGUUUACCAACUGCAUCCAAAAAGAGGACAACCAAGGCCGUUGUAAACCGUGAUGCCAAAGACGAUCAGGACAAGAAAGAGUACGUUCUCGAUCCAAAACCACCACCCCUUACCCUAGCUCAGAAACUUGGCCUUGUUGAGGCUCCAGGACUUCUUCUGACGGACAAAGAAUGGAAAGAGGUUAAGAAGAAAUCCAAUGAAAGACAGGAUUCUAGUCAGCCAUGUGUAAUCUGCAAAGAAGACUUUGGUUUACAACAGCAGGUUUUGUUGUCAUGCAGUCAUGUUUUUCAUAGGACUUGUCUUGAAGCAUUUGAAAAGUUUUCUGGGCGCAAAUCUUGUCCCAUGUGUAGAAAAGAACAGUACCAAAGAAGGAUUAUCCAUGAAGGUGCCAAGGAAUACAGAGAGAAAUGUGCAACAAAGAUACAGUCUGCCUGGCGUGGCUACAUUGUGCGGCAGUGGUACAAGAGGUUAAGGCAAACAGUGCCACCAAAAGACCCCAAACUUAGAAAGAAGUUUUACGAAAACAAGGUAUUUACCUGUUACUUCGUGUUUUUUGGAAUUUAUUUAACCGAAUUGUGCCAUCAAUAGA